CUCGCUGCCGCCUGCCUGUCCGAGCACUGGACAGCAUCGCCUCCACGCCCCUAAGUACCCUGGUCUUCUCCGGUACCGCGUCCCUCCCCCGGCGCGGAUCCAACGCUCUCCAGGGUUAACGUUCUCUUGGUCGGGUGGUUCCCGUGUACGCCGAAUUCAACCUCGACUCGCUCCCGGCCGCUCUAUUGCCUCGUUAUUAGUGGCCCAGCCAUAAAGGGAUGUGGCCUCCGCUCGGACGACAGAACUCGGACGGCGCAUGGGAAGUCGUGGACUCGAAGAGCGUCGAGCCUGUGUGUGUCUACGACGACCCUGAUGAUCUCCCCAUUAUGCGGGUGGCCUCGGAGAACGUGAACGUGUCGUGCACGUACGACGUCCGGCGGCCGCACCCGGACGACAAGGCACGCAGCCCCGUCACCGCAGCGCUCCUCACCGCACGCGGCCGCCUCCUGCGCGAGGCUGCGCGCGCGGGCUAUAACAUCCUGCUCGUCGAAGGAUGGUCCGUGACCCUCCAACGCAGAUCCGCCAUCCACACCGCGCAGAGCCACCCGCACGCCCCCGCCUUCCGGCUCUCCGUGCACUACACCGGGCGGCCCGCCUUCGUGGGCGGCACGGACCCGGGCACGCGGCCGCCCCCGCCGUUCUUCGGUAUGCUCCAGGACUGGGGCGCGCACCUCGAGCGUGUGUACUUCAGCGCGGUGCCCCCCGACGACGCCCGGGGGAAGGAGCAUAGGGAGCGGUCGGUGUCGCGCUCGGCGUCGGCAACGUCGCGGGUGUCGCGGGUGUCACGCAUGCUGAGGUCGCCGUCGCCACCGCGGUCCGCGUCGCCCAGGGACGCGAAGAGGCCCGCGAAUAGGAAGAGAGUCGUGCAGGCGUGGAGGCGGGGGCUCUCCGGUGUGUUGAGGAUCAUCCGUCUCUGAGGAUGAGAGGUGCCAGCGAGGGCACCCCAGCGGUGGGUAAGCCAUCGGCUGGACGUCUGGUGCUGUCCAAGUCCUGCUCAAGUAAACGCAUUGUAAUAUUAGCAUAUGUAGUUGUCAUUCAUCACACUCGUCGAUCCUCACGUAGCCAGCCCACCUGCACUAGUACCCGUAGCACUUUCAUGUAGCGCACAGUCAAUGAUAGCACCCUCUGCUCAACCACACAUAUCAUCUAGGAUCACUUUCAACCAAGACAGCG